GUGGCGCAUGCGCUUUGGCUAGCUUCGAGAGGGGAACGAUAGAUUUAAUUUUUUUUCUUUUCUUUUCCGCGGCGUCCGAUCCGCUGGCGUCGCUUCUCGCCUCCUCCUUCCCUCUGGGCCUCCGUGGGGGGGGCUCGAGCUCCGCCGGUCGGCCCCCUACGCAUCAAUAGCAUGUCCAGCCGUGCCGCGCCUCAGGAGGUAGCAGCGGCAGCGGGGACCGCGGGAGCCGUGCAGCAAGAACGGGGCCCGACGGGCGCUUUCCCUUUGGUGCUGAAGAAACUGAUGGAAAAUCCUCCGCGGGACGCACGCUUGGAUAAAGAGAAGAAGGAAAAACUUGAGGAAGAUGAAGCAGCAGCUGCAAGUACAAUGGCAGUCUCUGCCUCCCUCAUGCCUCCCAUUUGGGAUAAAACUAUUCCUUAUGAUGGGGAGUCUUUUCAUCUGGAAUAUAUGGAUCUUGAUGAAUUCCUGUUGGAAAAUGGAAUCCCUUCCAGUCCUGCUCAUCUAAAUCUGAAUCAGAAUCCCCUCCUGCCUGUGGCUGAACUGGAAGGAAAAGAACCUGUUACUGUUGCUACCACUCCACCUGGAUCAUCUUCCACAGUGGUUUUCAAUCUAUCAGAAACGACCAAAAAUUCAGAGUCCUCUCCAGAUGAUGAAAGAUUGACUCCUAGCCCUGUUGAUCCAGAUUGUGUUGAGAUUGAUGUGAAUUUCAACCCUGACCCUGCUGAUUUAGUGCUGUCCAGUGUGCCUGGAGGAGAGCUUUUUAAUCCUAGAAAGCAUAAAUUUGCUGACGAGGAAUUGAAACCACAGCCUAUGAUUAAAAAAGCCAAGAAAGUCUUUGUCCCAGAUGAUCAAAAGGAUGAAAAAUAUUGGACACGGCGGAAGAAAAAUAAUGUGGCAGCCAAGCGAUCUCGGGAUGCUCGGCGCCUAAAAGAGAAUCAGAUCACAAUCCGAGCUGCUUUUCUGGAGAAGGAGAACACAGCCUUGAGGACCGAAGUUGCAGAACUACGGAAGGAAGUGGGAAAAUGCAAGAAUAUUGUCUCUAAAUAUGAGAGCAGAUACGGAUCCUUUGACUUAUCCGAUUCCGAAUGAUGCAUCUUUAAAGACUCUUAAAAUCACAAAAGAAACUAAAAACUACACAUGAAACCACCUGCCAUCAAAGUGAACAGUGAGGCACACUGUAUUCUACACAAACCAUCUGAUGACUCUGCUUCUCUGCAAGUAUCUCCUUGAACUACCUAAGGGCUGAGCAUGAUGAAAAGACUAAGGUCUCUAGUUCUACAUUUCCCUUUGUACUGCUCUUUUUCCUUGUUGUGGCAAUUUGCAGUACAUUGUUUAUUUCAUUUCAACCACUUGUGGUGCUUGUGAUUCGGAAUAUAGCCUGAGCAAGCCGUAGCUUUGCAAGAUAACUCAUAGGAGGAAAGAACAAGUUUUAAUCGAAAAUCACUAAAUAAAAAAGUUAAACAUUCUGUUUUAUUCUACAAAAGGGGUAUUGAUAUUGCUUCCAAGCAUUAUUAAGUAAUAAUACUGUUGAAACAGAAAACAUAAGAAAUGGACCAGAAUAGAUCCAAUAUCAAUAUCCAAUUCAAUAUCCAAUCAGUGGAAAAAAACAAGCACCUUAAGAUGCACUGCAUAUUAUCAAAUGUUGGCAGCUGUUUUUAUCAUUCAUAAUCAUUGACAUUAGGUCUUCUUUCACUCAUGAGGGCCGCACUGAUCUGAUAUUGCCCUGCCCCUAUGUCCUGUCAGUCUGUGGACUUUUGAGAAACUGAACUGAAUAACUGUUAGUCCUGUUGUGGAGAAGAGGAAACCCUGCAAUAACCAUUCGUAAUGUUUCUUUGCAUGCUGGUGGUGGGGAGGGGAGACAGCUAGCUUUCCAUUAUUGGAUCUCAUGCUGUGGAAAUUCUUCCCUACUGCCACCAAUCUCCAGUUUUUUCAGGGGCAGUUCCCUCUGGUUGAUAUGGGUAGUGGGCUGUCUGCCAUUUUUUGUGCCCUUCCACUAGUCAUCCUGAGGAAUGCAGGUCUACUUCAUGGUGAUCAGAGCAGAGUUUUCAGGACUGCUACUCGGGAAAGGGUAGGAGAGAUGAGAUAGAUUUGUGCAAGUAUCCCAAGAUUUCUAAGUUAGCAUUUUUCCUUCCUGACAUCUGACAAUACUCUGGUGAGAUUACUGUGCUGAUGAGCUGAUGCAUUUUCACAGUAUACUCUUUGUAAUAAACAUAGUGUAGUUUGUCCUUGUUUUUCUAAACAUACUUUUAACUGUAGAAUUUAAUAAAAAAAACAAGUAUUAAAAUUAAUAAAGGACAGAUUAAAAAAGAUAUAAGAUGCAAUAAUUUUAGUCCACAUUUUCUUUAUUAUACAUGGAGAUAGAGAGAGAUGAGAACUCAGUGUCUAAUUUUCUUUAUUCAGUGAAUCAUUUAGUUUGUACUAGCUAGCCCAUCAAAGGAGGGGUGGUUUUUUUGGAUUUCUGAAUUGCAAAUAAUAAUAAUGGAAUUAUUUGUCAUCUUUCUUUACAUUUCCUAAAUAAUUUGUGAACUUUCAUAAAAGUUUAAUUUAGAAUUAUAAUAUCAUCACACAUAAUAAUGAAAUGUAAUUCUGACACAUGCCUGUAAAGUUGUAGAAAUAGUUGGUAAACCACAUAGCAAAGGUUGAAUGGUGAUAUGGGAAUUACAACUCUGUGGAAAUUAGAGUUGUAAUCUACAUUAAAUUGUAGUGUGUCAAAAUAAUACAUAUUUGGAUUUAUUUAUUAAUGAUGAACACUCAGUUAAAGUUAUUUAAAAAGCAUAUAAGAGAUGAACAUUGCUGUUUCUGGUAUAGUUCAAAAAGUAAAGUAAAAGCUUACUCAGAUUGAGCCCACCUUCUGGCAAUUUCAUGAACAUAUCCACAGAUUUCAUCGUGCAAUACAGACUAUUGUUUCCACUUCUCAGGCUAGCUUAUAGACUUGGUAUUUCUUGGUAAUUUCCAGUCCUGAUCCUAACAAGGUCCUGUUUAGCUUUCCAGGUCAACCAAGGUAGGCUAGAACUUGUCCUUCCUAAAAUGCAGGUUUUAUUGUUUCUAAUUAGUAAGCAAAUAAAGAUGCUGUUUCAAAUUCUAUGAAUGUGGACUGUAAAAAUCUGAGAAAAUUGGUAUAAAUUAGAACAAAAUAAUCAUAAUAUCAAUCUUAUCUCAUGCUUUUCUAAAGACUGUGCUGCAAAUUCUUAAAACUUGCAUUUGGUGCCAGAUUUCUAAUAACUUUACUUAUACUAUGAUACAAAUGCAGCUUAUAAUAAUCUAUGUGUCGGAUAUUCAUUAAACUCUCUUGCUAUAGUUUGUGAAGAUUUUAUGAAUGAAGAACAUAAUACAAUCUAGCAAAGAUUGUAGGAAUAUGUCAAAUUGUAUAUAUUUAUGUAACUAAAAAUCUUCAGUAGCAGAAAUACUAUUAAUUAUUUAUGGCCUGCACAUAUAAGCCUUCAGUAGUGUAGCAUACUAUGUUUGAAUAUCAUGCUAUAAAAAUACGUAUACAGCAGGAAAAUUGCAGUAUUUGACUUGCUUUUUAGUUGCUUGGAAGUCUUAUAAUCACUUUAUAUUUAACUACAAAACUAUGUGAAAUUAUAUAACAAUUUCUGAAUUUGUUAGAAGUGACAUUGUCCCAAUUCAAAAACAAAUUUAGGAAUAUUAAGAGAAACUAAAUUAAGAGAAAAUGUAUAGAUCUUAAGCACAAAUAGGCCUACCAUCUUUUGUAACUCUUCAUCUUGGUAAUUCCAUUGUGGCAGAAAAAUAUAUAUGCUUAGUAUUAUGUAUCUAAAUAAGUAAUGGAAAAUGAAGGCAGUAUAGUAGAUGUGAAAAUUCUUCUUUAUAAACUGGUAUGAUCUACAGUAGACAAUAGGAAAUGUUUGUGAACAGCAAUGAGUUUUGUAUGGGUAUUCAGGUUUUAUUCACCUGCCACUGAAUAGCCACAUGUUAUGAAAUUUAUUCUAAGUACUGGGAUGAAAAAUUCAUGAAAUAAUACAGGAAUCUAAGUGAUUUUAAGGGCAUUCUAGACAAAAUUGCAAAACAUUUCUUAAAGAAAUUUGAAUUCACAAAAUAGAGAGAAAAGUCUACUAGUGUUGUUUUACUUGUUUGGUAGGAAAUGUAUGUUUUUAGAGUUUACCAUGUAUUAUCUUUUUUCCUCAGUUUUCCUUAAGAGUUCAAACGAAAGACCGUAAGAAGAAAAACGUUUGAAAAAUAUUUAAAACAAUGUAUGUCAUAGGGUUCUUUCUAUAUGAAACAUUGCCAUUACAGAUAAUUUUUUUUCAACCCUCUGCUAAGUACCAGCUACCAAAUAUUUGAGUUUCUUGAUACUGGGAGUUUUAGCCAUCUCAUUUAGUCAGUAUAGCCAUUGGUUUCCCACUUGCUUUUUUACAUUCAGUAUCCAUUCAAAAACAAUAUUUUAUCAUUUUGUCUAUAUUUAUCAUUUCAAUAACAACCAGAUGCAUAAUACCGUAGUAAUUUGAUACCAUAAAGCAGUAACUCAUAAGUGGAGAAUAACAUAUCCCUUUUUAUUCAAUUUUUUUCCAUCUACCUGUUUUAACAUUUUUUAAAAUUAUAAACUAAUAUUCUUAAAUAAUUGAUUUGAGUAGGCAUAGCAUAGUUUUUUUUUUAAUUGAGUAUUAGUGUGAACCUUCUACUUUGAUUUGUCUUAAAGGAGAUUUUGCAGUUCUCUGUGAUCUCUGUACAGAUUUUGUGUGAAAUUUUGAUAGAGUCUCAGUUUGGUAUAAUUCAUUCAAGAAAUAGUUGAUGAGACAUUUAUAUUGUGUAUUCUGAAGCUUCUCAAAGCUUUGAUAUUUAAUCUAUACUAUCUUUGUUGCCAUUUUGUAUGAUUGCAAAAAAUCAGCAAAAUCUGUAGCUUUUUAAAAGUACAGUAUAUAUUUAUUGGCAUUUUUCCAUGUCCUUUUUGAGUUAUAUUGUAUUGUGCUGCCUGGAAUAAUCAAGUAUUUUAAAUGUAGAAAGUGAAAGAGAAUAAGCAGGAAAGCUUGCAAAUAUAUUAUAAAAUGUUAGAAAAACAUUCUUUAAAUAACCAAAAGUAGCUGAUGCUGCACUGUAACACUCAUAAUACUCUUGCUUUGGGCAUUUUGUUUGCUUGUUUUUGAUAAAAAAAUCCCCAAAUAUUUGCUUCAAAUUAAUCAAAUCAGCUCAUUUGCAUUUUAACAGUUCUUUUCUUCAAUACACAAGUGAAAUGCAUUUACAUCCAACUCCUUUACAGUUUUUAUUACAGUACAGGUAGUCUUUGACUUAUGACCACUCAUUUAGCAAUCAUUUAAAAUUGCAACGGCGCUGAAAAAAAUGAUUUACGACUGGUCCCAGCGCUUAACAAUUGUCCCCUUGGUCAUGUGAUUGCAAUCCAGGGCGCUUGGUAACUAGCUCACACUUUCAACAUUUACGGCAUCUCACAGUCAUGUGAUCACCACUUGCAUCCUUCUCAGCUGACCUUCGAUAAGAAAAGUCAAAGGGGAAACAAGCAGAAAAGUCACAAGUCACAGUCAGUGUUGUCUUGCUUAACCACCACGGCAAAAAAGGUUGUAAAAUCAGGUGCAGUCACAGGAUGCCUCACUUAAUUGUAUCACUUAAUGAUGAAUUUUCUGUUCCCUGUUCUAGUUGUAAGUCUAAAGACAAGUUAUACAAAUAGUUUGCCUAGAGCAGAAAGUAGAAGAAAGAUACAAAAUUACUUCUUAGCUAUGCAUCCAUAACUAUCAAUCAAACAUUAUCAAUGUUGUUUGUUGGCAAAGCAACAGUAAAGCGGGUCUGCACCUGUGGAUAUAGAAGCUUCUGGCAUUCCCCAUACAGGUAAUUCUUGACUUACGACCACAGUUGGAAUCUUGGUCAUUGAAUGCAGCUGUCAUUAAGCAUGACAACUUUGCUGAAUGAAUGAGAUGCUAGCAUUCCCAGUUGUAGUUGUUAAUCAGUCCCAGGUAAGGAAUGUGGGAUGCCUCAGGGGAAUGAGGAAGCCCUGGAGGCCUAGGCAAGCUAUGAGUUUGGGGUGUGCUCAGUGUGACACUGAGUGGCAGCCAUGGAAAGCUCACACCUCACCUGGCCCAUAAGCCCAGCCAAAGCUGCUGAGAUUUGGGAAGCCUUAUCGCCCAUAUAGCCCACCAGUGCAUGCAAAGUGCCCCACAUACCUUUGCCAUUUUUCUCCAGCUGCUGACAAGUAUGCCCACCUUAUGUGAGAUGCAGCCUUCUCACAGGCUGCCUCGUGCUGUUUUCCAAGUUAGCGCUAUUCUUGUAAUCUUUUGGAAGCCCUCCUCCAAAUUUUUUUGUACUGGAGCUGAAAAUCCUCUGUGCCAAAAUCCAGGCAGGGUUUUCAACUCCAGAGCAGAGAGGCUUCUAAAUUCUCAUCCCAGAAGUUCUUUGGGGUUGGCAUUGCAUGGGAGGGGGGGGGAGCUGAAAGCACUUUUCCCAGCAAAGGGUCAGCUCCAGCCACAUCUAGGAGCACUUGGGGUUUGCUUUGCACUGAGAAAAAGAAAACAACUUUUUGUCCUCACAGUUCAAAGUUGCAAAGAACUCUUGGCAGGAUUGGGGUUGGCUUUGAGCUGCAGACAAAGAAAAAGGUGCUUUCGGUUUCCCUUUUUUGCAGCACAAAAUCAGCCCCAUAUGGCCCAGCAAUGUGGCCAGGCAUGCCUCAUGAGCAGUAGGAGCAAGAAGAUGGUGGUGAAGGUCAGCUGAGGCAGCAAAACAGGGCAGCAGUGGGCCUAAAGCAGUGGUGAAAUGCUACCGGUUCGCACAAGUUCGGGCGAACUGGUAGUGAUAAAAACUACCGGUUCGGACAAACUGGUAGUAAAAAAAAGCUACUGAUUCCUCCUAACCAUUAUUUCCAACAAUCAGCUGUGCCGCGUGAUUUAAAAUAGCUAGAAAGCAGGAAAUCCUGCUUUCUAGUGAAUCUAAAUCAUGCAGCACAGCUGAUCUCCUCCCUUGCUGUUCUACUUACCUUCCCAAGCCUCCUUUUGGUGCAUACUGCGCAUGCAUACGCAUGUAAUGCACAUUUGGUAUGCACUGCACAUGCGCACGCAGUGUGCAUUUGGCACACAGCACACACAUGUGCAGCCAAUGAACUGGUGGCAAACCAGUUCAGAUUUCACCACUGGCCUAAAAGGCAUAGAUGGGAGGAGAGAGAAGUGCUUGCUAGUAGUUGCAGCGCCUUUGCAGUCGGAAGUGUGGCUGGAGUGCAAAAGACCCAAACUUUUGAUCUCAUGACUAAGGGGGCAUUUCGAUGGUUAUAACUUCAGGCAUGGUCAUAUACCUCUUCAUUCAGCACCAUUGUAAUUUUAAAUGGUUGCUGAAGAAAUGCUCUUAUUUGCAGAUAAGUUGAGAACUACCUGUGGUAUCUAAAAAUAUCAAAUAUGAUGAUGCCAAAUGAGUUAAGAGAUUGCUGAAAUUAAUACAAUUACAGGUAAUUUUAAUGAGUUAGGCGCUCAUGGCCUAACUGACUUUGUAAUGCAUGGACAUCCUUCAUAUUUCUUCUGCCUCCUUCCCUUUGCAAUAUAAAUGAAUCAUAAAAAUUCUAAGUUUGUCUGUAGUGAUAGGUGAAACAGAUAACAAACAAUGGCUAACAAACAAAAAUGAGAAUAUAGAUAUAUUAGCAUGCUAUAGCCAUUCUUAGGAAUCCUAAUUUUAUUAGUUUGGAUUCAUUUAUGGCUUUUGAUAUGAAAGUUUUAAAAAUUGAUCGUAUUUCUUGUGAACAUUUAGAAUCCAAUAACAAAAAAGGACAUACUGUUUCCUUCCAUGUUUGGUCCAUUAGGUACAUGUUUCUUGCUAUGGGGUUUUUAUUAAUUAUGAAUCUUAUCUAAAUUCAUAAAUAAGACAAAUAAAGCUGGAAGAAAGGUAGCUUUAUUUUAUUAUUUUAUUUUAUUUUAUUUUGGCUGAACUGGGAUCAUUUACUUAUGCUUUGAAACCUUAAUUGAAAAAAUGCUUAGUAGAUUUCAAAAUAGCAAAAAAUGAAUGUUAUAUUAGUGUCGGAACUAUGGUGGUUAAUUAACAUUAUUGGAAUAUUGCAUUUGUAUUACAAAUAUGUAAAUACACUUUAAUAUUAAAUCUCAGUCCUCAUGGAGUAAUAGGUGCUUCCAUUACAAUCUCUGCAAAUUUGUUUAAUAAGUUUUAAUGUAGCAUGGCUUAAGGUGAUUUUUUUAUACAUUAAAUAUCAAAACAAAACUAAACGUUGAGUUUUGGAUUGUAACACUCUAUAUUUAAAAACAUUUAAUUAAAUCUCUAGAGUUAAGAAUUGUGACAAAAGUUAUUUCUUUGAUUACUGAAUUUAUUCAUAGUAAUAUAGUAUUUAAAGCAAACUCAUUUGAGAACAAAGAUUAACUGGCAGUUCUCACUUAAUAAAUCUCAUUGACAAAAGUAUAUGGUGAUUUCAAAAACAAAGGACCUCUGCAUUUUGCCUUAAUUUGCACCUUUCAUCACUAUACAGCAAAUUACCAUUUAUUAUAUCAUGAAUUAAAUUCCUAACAUUUUAACUAUAAGAAAUUGGACAUGCCUUGCAUUUUGUGCGCUUAUAUUCCUGCUCUAAUCAUAUUUUAAUAAAUGGAAAAUUUGCCUGAUUUUUCAUGGCAGAAUAGUGUUUCAAAAUGCUUUACCAGCUAAUUGACUAUUUUGAAAACUUGGGCAAAAAAUAUUAUAGAUUUGAAAACUCAAUUUGUCCUAUAUUAGUAUUUUGUACUGUAAACAGUUGCAUGCAAACUCCAUGGUUUGAAAGAACAAUAGAAAACCAAUUUAGUGGCGGUAUUUAGAUGUUUUUAAGGAAACUUCAAAAUAUCACAAUGUUGCAAGAAAUCAGCUAUCUUUAAUGUAAUAACAUGAAAUGUAUGUAUUGUGGGUACAGGAUGUUGUUUUUUUAAUUCAUUCAGUUUAAAUUCUUCCUAUUUUCUAAUAGAAUAAACAUUUUUAGUUCCAUGUAUGAUUAGGGGGAAAUUAGACAAACUAUAAAAAAAUGAAUAAUUUUUAUAUUGAAAAUGUGUACUUGUGUUGCUGUAUACUUUCAACAUCUGCAUUUCUCUUUCGUAUGUCUAGUUUGUAGUGAGUGAAGAGCAAUUUCUGUAUAUAUAUAUAUAUAUAUAUAUAUAUUUAUAUUUUUACAUGCGUAUGUAAACAUUGGAUUCUGAAUAAAAGCACCACAGCAAGAUUAUUACCAUUAAAAAGCUGAGAUAUAUCUUGCUAUAUUUGUUAUUUCUGCAAAUACUCUAAUCCUAUUUUUUUAAACAAAAUAUGCAAAAGCUUAAUGAAUGGCAAGUGAAAAAGUUUAAAGCACAGGUAGACAAUCUGAUACCAUUCAGGUAAUAUAAUUCUUAUAAAUCAUAGCACUAUACAUAGAGAUUUGGAUUAUGGAAAUGUUUAAUUAUGUAGGAAAUAUAGAUUGCCUACCUCUGAUUUAAACUGUUCUGGAAAGGAAGUAACAUUUCAGUGAUCAAAUUAUAUAUGGUAUCAAUUUUUAUUUGUUUCUUUUUUAAAGGAUGCAAUUAAGAUUAUGAACUCUCUGAGUGUGAAAUAGGGCUGGAUUUUCUGAAUAUAUUAAAGUCUCUGCUAAAGUGUUUUUUGUAAUGUUUUUGUUUAAAAUAUAACAUUUUGAUUGUAUUGAAUUAUGUUAGUAUAUUUUUCCUUCUCAAAAAAAUAAAUAAAAGUAUAUUCUACUAAAUUUAAA